GGCGCCGCGGGGUUGUUGUGGAGCGGGCGCGCAUUCGCGGAGCGGCCUCGGGGUCGGCGCGGAGCCGGCGGGAUGAACGAGGUGCCGGGGCUGAAGGAGGACUGUGAGGAGCUGCUCAGCGCCUUCCAGCAGGCAGACACCGUCCGCUUCGAGCGCUUCGCCGAGCUGUGGCGGCAGCGCCGUUUCCACACCGUCUUCUAUGGUAGAAUGAGAGCUUUGGAGAGGAAUAAGCUCUCGAAGAAGACUCUAGAUGUGGCCCUGCAGUACUUCUUGCCCCCCUACUCCUUCCAGAUCCGAGUUGGUGCUUUGUACCUUCUAUAUGGGCUCUAUAAUGCCCAGCUUUGUCAGCCAAAACAAAAGAUCAGAAUUGCACUCAAGGAUUGGCCUGAAAUCCAGAGAUUUCAGCAGGAUUUGGUUGACUCCCUGCAUUAUGAUGCAGCCUAUGUCUUUAGGAGACUGCGACUUGCUAGAGCCUUCCACUUCACAGCAAUGCCAAAGCUACUGACCUACAGAACUAAGAAGAAGAUUGAAGAAAAUUAUUUAAAAGAAGAAUUUAAGGACCCAAGUAACAGAGUAAACAGCCUCAUCAGUAAUGAUGUAUUAGAGGAAAUGAUGAAUAUUCACGACCACUAUCAGAAAAUGAAAUGUGUCAUUUCAGCUGACAAAUCCCAGCCAUACAAGGCCCUGAGCUUGAUAAAAGAUGACUUUGUGGUUAAUCUCAAAGACAUAACCUUGGAACAUCAGGAAUGGCAGCAGGGCAGAAUGAAAUCAUUCCAAAGUGCUAAAGAAACUGAUGAAACAGAAAACAAAAGGAGAGAAGAGACUUUGCUAGAAUCAGAGGGUUCUGAAAGAGCAAAUGCCCUGGCCAGAAUCAAAUACAGGUCUUAUUCUGCAGCUGUUGAGGUUUCCAAAUCCAGGAGACAUCGUCAAGUGCAGUUAGAAUCCUCUGAAUCAGGAUCCAGUUGUGGGAAGUCUCCGAGUCGAAGUAGAAUCACCAGCAGGAGACCACAGCCAGCAAGGAGAAGAUGUUCUUCAGAAGUUAGAGGUGAAAUGCAAGUGGCAAAGGAAACUGUAACUCGGCAUAUCGGGAUGCCAGUAAUCACAGAAGAGGACUCAGAUGAAAGAGAAGUAUCUCUCCCCAAAAGGAGAAGAUGACAUUGGAGGAUCCAGCUGGAAAAGCACUAAUGUUUUAAUGACAAAAUGAAAAUGUCAGAGGUACCAAAUGCUUGUUUUGGAUACCUUUGAACAUAAAAGAAGUGUCUGGGACCUGAACCACAGGUGAUGCUGGAAUACUGGUAGUGACUGGGAUACUUCAGUUGUCUCGUGGUGCCUUUAUUCACCUGGUGAAUGCUUCUUGUGGGACACCAAAGUUCCUGUGUCCUGGCUCGGAUGGAAAGAAAAGGCUCAGAAAAUAUUUCCCCAUGUAAGACAUGUCUGUAAUCCUUUAUCUCUGAACAUCAGGUUAUUGACUGUUGAAAAUUAGUACAAUAAAUUAUUUUUCAUGGUUGACUCGCUCCA